GACCUCCGAAUGUUCCCAAAGUCAUUUUGCCGCCAGUUCCACUGCAAGACGGACGUUUUGCAGUUUUGUACAGGCAAAAUCGCGAUUUUCUUGCCAAAGAAGUUGGAAUUUAGCGGAAUUCGAGUUCAACAGGUCGUAGGAGCAUUCAGAGUUUUCCCGCCAUUUGCAAAGUGCAGACGACAGUGUGAAGAUGGCGUCUGUCAGCAGCGCGAGCUCGUCAGGAUCAGACGACGAGAACAACGACAAGCAAGCAGCCAGCACCAGUGCCAGUUCAAACCCAUUCGCAAACAUGAUAGACACAGACUUUGACAUGAGCAAAGUCCCAGAGACAGAAGACAUCCGCAUUGAACAGUACUUCAGCAAGGAGGAACUGGCUGAGCUCACUAAAAUCGAGAUGACGCGAUAUCGGAACAUGAAGCGCAACUAUGACGUCAUGAGGAUGCUUGGUCUGCCUGGUAAGAAACCCUACUUCAUGGAAAAGAACAGGCGCAGCUUGGUUCAGCCCAAGGAGCCCCCCACCCCACCCCUCACCAGCAGUGAGUCAGAGGAAGAUGAGGAAUGGACACCUGAACUGGAGAGGAAAAAGAACCAGCGCCCAAAGAAACCUUGGUUCCUGUUGCCACCCAAGAAACCCAGGAUGCCAAAACCUAAGCCCCAGACUACUGGUUCCCACCCAAAAUCAAAGGCAAAAAAGAAAGCAGAAGCAACAGUGAGCAAAGCUCCAAAGGAGAGUGACGAUGAAGAUGCCAAAACGUUCCCGGGAUUCCAACCUGAGGAGGUGGCUGAGAUGCAGGCAGCCACAGCAGCCAGCAUUGCAGAGCUGGAGAAGAAGAUGGAGGAACUGGAGUUAGAGAUCCAGCAAUGGGAGGCUGCUGGAUCACAGGAUGGGCAGGAGGAGGGGUCAGAGUCAGACAUCAGUACAGAUUUGGAGGAAGAGCUGUUGACCACAACACUCCAACCAGUAAAGCAGCAGGAACCACCAAAAAAGGAGCCAGUAGAGGAUACGGAGGAGCCUCGGAAGAGUCGCUAUCCACAACGCAACAUUCCACGAAAGGACUACAAGGAAGUUGAACUUCCGGAUGAUGACCACUACUUGUAUUGUGAAGACUGCAAUGAGCUUUAUGAGGGAGACUGUCCCGUCCAUGGUCCACUCAUUGUGGUGAAGGACAAAGAAGUUCCCAAGGGAGUAGAAAACAGAGCGGUCCACACACUACCUGACUACCUGUCUGUCUGCCCAUCCAAGAUCAAGGGAGCAGGGGACGGUGUCUGGCUGGAUGGAAAGGCCAUGCCAAAGAACUUUGUGUUUGGGCCAUAUGAUGGGAAAAUCACUGGGCCAGAGAUAGGCAUGACAAGUGGAUAUGCUUGGCAAAUCUCCAAGAAUGACAAGGUGAAGUACUACAUUGAUGCCACUGACAUCACCAAGAGCAGCUGGAUGCGCUACGUGAACUGUGCCAGAAAUGAGGAGGAGCAGAACCUGGUGGCCUUCCAGUACUACAGGAACAUCUACUACCGCACCUACAAGCCUAUUCCCCCCGGCACCGAGCUGAUGGUGUGGUAUGGAAAUGAGUACGCCAAGGAUCUGGGCAUCUUUGAAGAAGCAGAGACAAAAGAAGAGGAGCCCAAGCAGCAAAAUCAACGUUACCAGACAGGUGCAGUUGCAGGCUACAGGUGCAGCAGGUGUGGGAAGCUGUUCUCCACCCAGGACUACCUGGACAGACAUGUGGAGGUGUGCAGACAGGUGCAGUUGCAGGCUACAGGUGCAGCAGGUGUCCAGUCAGGUGUCACAGGCUACAGGUGCAGCAGGUGUGAGAAGCUGUUCUCCACUCAAGACUACCUGGACAAACAUGUGAAGCACCAUGCAGACAGGUCAGGGUCAAAAAAGUUUAGAUGCAAACACUGCAAUUUUUCAACUGACAGAAUAGAUCAUCUCAAUCGUCACAUGCUGACCCACACAGGAGAGAAACCACACAAGUGUCACACCUGUGGGAAGGGUUUUAAACAGAAAGCAGACCUGAAGAAACACCAGCGGAUACACACAGGGGAGAAACCCUACAGGUGUGAAGUGUGUGGGAAGGCGUUCAAUGUAAAGUCAAACCUGACCACACACACGUUAACUCAUUCUGGUGUGCAGCCUUGUGUGUGUGGGGAGUGUGGGAAGGGGUUUACACAUGCAGGUAAUCUACAGAAACACAAGAGGAUUCACACUGGGGAGAAGCCCUACAAGUGUCAACACUGUGACAUGAGGUUUACUAUGAGUGGCGAUUUGAAGAGACAUGUUAUCAGAAACCACACUAAAGAGUUUCCGCACAGGUGCAAGGUGUGCAACAAGGGGUUUGUGGCACCAAGUCAUAUGAGAACCCACAUGCAAAACCAACACAGAAACUAA